AUGGCGCAGGCGCGUAGCCCAUUGGCUGGUCUCCGCCUGCACCGCCUGGUGGGCAAGCGGCAAGGGGUGCCAGGCCGUGGCAGCGGCGCCCUCGUCGCAGCUGCCGCCGCAGCCAACAGUGGCACGGCCAGCGCCAGCGUGCCGGCUGACAGUGUGAUGCUGUUCAACAUCACUGACGGCAGCAGUGUGGAGGAGAAGGUGGCACAGCUGCUGAACCACGCAGAGGUUGCCAUGGUGCAACCCGACUACGUGCGGUACUUGGCGGUUGCUCCCCCGCCUCCACCAACCGCCUGGGUCCCCAGCGGCGUCGGCCGCGCGAUGGUGCCCAACGACGUUUUCUUUGGCACCUACUCGUCACACUGGCAUCUGAGCCAGAUUUCGGCACCAGUGGCCUGGGACACCACCACUGGCUCAAAGCAGGUGGGCGUGUGUAUGGUUGACACCGGCGCCCGCGUCACGCACCAGGACCUGGCAGGCAACAUCGCCAGCGCCUGGAACAGGGCCGGAAGCCCAGCCAACGACACCCUGCUUUACCAUAAUGUUUCGGACCACCACGGGCAUGGCACUCACACAGCCGGGAUUGUGGGCGCAGUGGGCAACAACUUGGUUGGUGUCACCGGUGUUGCCUGGAAUGUGUCCCUGCGGAUCUGCAAGGCCGCAUCGUACAACACCUAUUGGGGUUUCUUUUUUGCCACCUCAGAUGUGCUCGAUUGCUACACACUGUGCAAACAGGCGGGCGUGCGGGUGGUCAGUGCCAGUUACGGCGGCUACUACGUUGAUGCCCUGGAGGAGGCCGCCAUUGCCGACCUGCAGCAAGCGGGCAUCCUGUUUGUGGCAGCCGCAGGGAAUGAUGGCUGGGACAACGACGCCCUGGACGCAGACAUCCAGUCCAACCCUGCCAGCUACGGACUGGACAACAUCCUGUCGGUUGCCGCCAGCCGUGCCGACGACCAGCUUGCGUCAUUCUCCAACUACGGCGCAACCAAAGUGCACCUGGCGGCACCAGGCAUUAAUGUGAUGAGCACAUGGGCCUCGGCUGAUAACAGCUACUUGCCGGAGUCAGGCACCUCCAUGGCCACGCCCAUCGUGGCUGGGGCUGCAGCGUUGCUGUUUGCAGCAAAGCCCGAUGCCACUUACACUGAAGUCAGGGACGCGCUGCAAAACUCGGUCGACCUGGUGCCGGGCCUGAAUGGCCUGGUCAGCAGCAGCGGCCGGUUGAACGUGGCCCGCGCGCUGGAAACCCUUCUGUUCGGGGCGGCUUCAGACACGCCGCCUGCAACAUACGUAUUCAAAACACAGGCCGACAUCUUUUUCAACUUCAGUUUCUACGAUUCGCGUGCAGAAGUGUUUGGUGUCGCCGAUGCGGCGAGCUGCCAAGAUAGCUGCCAGGUCCAGAGCUGGUGCUACUACUUCAUGUAUCGGGCGACCCCGCCGUGA